GCUCUUUUUUCUUCUUCUUUUCUCUUCUCUCUUUUCUUUCUUUGCUGUGUCUGGACUUUUUAUUUUAAGAAGAAAUAGAAAUGACGACCGUAAAACCUAUUAUCAAACUUCCACCCCGUAGUAAAUCAGUCUCAGUUACUCGUUCGCCUAGUAGCUAUCAAGAUAUAACAGCUAACCAUGACUUGUCUUUUGUGUCAAAAGACCUCUUCUUUGAAGAUAAAGAGGACCGUCUUGUUGACUAUGAUAUACAUAAUCUACUACAAGACUAUAAACUAGCACAAAUCAAGAGAGAACGAGGUGGCGGAUAUUUAAGCUUCCCGGAUUCCAAAAUUGCUGAUAGAGUGUAUUCACUUUUUAAUGGUUAUAUGUUUGCCAACCAGACAGUCUUGAAAUUCAAGCUAUCGAGUGAUUCAAAUGAGCCUCAACCCGAAGGCUUAAUUUUGGAAGUAAGACACUUACCUUCCAGAAUUGAUCAUAAUACUCUGUAUGACAUAUUUCGCCCUUUUGGUCCCCUCAAUAUUUGUAAAACGAUUACAGAAGAUGGUGCUCAUAGAGGAAAAGCACUUAUUCAGUUCUUUAGUAAAACUGAUUCAGACGCAGCUGUAAAUGAAUUGAAUGGCAAGGUGAUGGAUGGUAAUGUCAUUCAAAUCACUUCACUUGUAAUGAACAAUUUUGUAUCUGGUCGCUAUCAAGGAAAUAACAACCAACAUGCUUCAGCAGAAAAUAAAGAAGGAGGAAUGGGAGGAGGAACAGGCUAUGUUGAUAUUAUGAACUUAUAUGUCAAAAAUCUCGACCCAACCGUGGAUAAUACCGACUUGUUCAAUCUUUUCCGUAAAUUUGGUCGCAUUGUAUCUGCAAGAGUCAUGAGCAAUCCACAAAACGGACUCUCCAAGGGUUAUGGUUUUGUAAGCUUUGGAAAGCCUGAAGAAGCUGCUUUGGCUCUUCAAGAAAUGAACGGAUAUCAGUUCCGUACAAAACCAAUGAUCAUUGCUUACCAUGAACCCAAGAAGCCUAGACAAGAAAAGUCUUCUUCUACUACAACCUCUUCUUUCCAUUCUCCUCCUCCUAGCGCUCCUAUCGAUUAUGCUACAACUCCCUAUUUUGAGACAAGACAUCCUCAUGAGAGUUCUAUGAAUACACUUGGAAUUGACCAUGUUGAACAUUUAGCUAUCAAUAUGAAGGACCUUUCUGUUGGUGCGCCCAUGCAAAGAAAGCUUUCUGUUGUCGAAAACACAUUCAAUCCUCCACCCAUUCGCAGUUCGCCCCCAUUUGCUUCUCGUCCAUCAUUAGCUUCACUUGCUUCAGGAGCUAGCAUACAACCUGUACCAUCUCAUUUAUACAAAAAGAGAGAAGAGGAAAAGAUUGAAGAAGAAUCUAUUCGCACACUUCGACGCAAAGGAUCUUUGGAAUCUGUCAACUCUAUCAUGACUGAGUCAAGUGCACAAGUUCAACGUCAGCGUAUGACAGAAGCAGUCAAGCAAUGUGGCUCAUAUGGAAGAGAACUUCAUGAUAUUGUCGAUAUGCUCUUAACACUCAAAAGAAAAGAACGAUCGCUUUGCUUAUUUAACUCUGAUUUUCUCAAAGAUAAAAUCAAUGCUGCUGCUGAAGCACUUGAGAUUUGUGAAGAAGACGAAGGUGAACAAGAGAUUAUUCUUACUACAGAAAAGAAGCGAGACUAUAAAGUCGCUGAGAUUAAGCCAAGAGUAUUUGUACCUAAGGGUGCCACAGUCAGUCCUCCUACAUCUCCCCCCAAAAAAAAGUCUAUUACUCCUCCUAUGAGCUACCAACAUACUGAAGACAUAGUCAUUGUGCCUCCACGCAAAUCAAAAGCUAUACCCAUUGUUGCACCUCCUUCUGUAGACUCGUCCAAGGCUGCAGAGAUUAAGGCUUUAUUGAGUUCAUUUGAAGGAAAACUUGUCCAUGAAAAGAAACAACUCUUGGGCGAUCAAUUGUUCCCUUUGGUCAAGGCCACUGGAGUCAGGCAUGCACCAAAAAUUACAAUUCGCUUAUUAGAUACAAUUGAAUUAGAAGAAUUGGCCAAGAUUAUGUUUAAUAAGGAUGCAUUAAAGGUUCAAGUUGACAAGGCUGCUGCCAGUCUGUAGGCUAAUCCCUCAAUUCACUAUUUACCAAUUACAUAUUCCCCCCUCCAACACGCACAAUUUUGUUUGACGUUACAGGAAGAGCGUUGAUUAACUCAUUCUUUUUUUUUAUAAUAUAUAAAUAUAUAC